ACAUCAUCAAAGAGACAUAGUAUAAAAAUAUACUCGAGGCAGAACGUUCGUUCCUUUUGAUUGGUUUUAGACGUUGGGGAAAAGAGGAGAAGUGCCAUUAGUGCCAAUCAGUUGCUCCACGGCGACGAGGAACAUAUCCAUGUCCGCUUCUUCUUCCUCCUGCACGAACCCGAUGGCCGGCGAGGAGGCAAAGGGCGGCGUUACAGUGCUUCCGGUGGUUGAAGACAAAUACGGCGGCGUGAUGACGGAGAUUAGUCAUCCCAUGGAUCCUUCUGCCUUCUCUGCACUUCUCCAGUCAUCUCUCUCUUCCUGGACUCUCCAGGGAAAGAAGGGAGUGUGGAUCAAAUUGCCUAGACAGCUUAUCGGUCUUGCCGAAGCUGCUGUUAAGGAGGGAUUCUGGUUUCAUCACGCGGAGAAAGACUACUUGAUGCUUGUGUAUUGGAUUCCCAUAGAAGGCGAUACAAUUCCUUCCAAUGCCUCUCACCGUGUUGGCAUUGGUGCCUUUGUCAUUAACCACAAUAAAGAGGUGCUGGUGGUUCAAGAGAAGACAGGAAGAUUUCAAGGCCAAGGUAUCUGGAAGUUCCCCACCGGAGUAGUCAAUGAGGGUGAAUACAUCCAUGAUGGCUCGGUCAGAGAGGUGAAAGAAGAGACAGGAGUGGAUACAGAAUUUGUCCAAGUAUUGGCUUUCAGACAGACCCACAAAGCUUUCUUUGGAAAGUCAGAUUUGUUCUUCGUGUGCAUGUUAAAGCCCCUUUCUUUGGAGAUCAAUGCACAGGAGACAGAGAUAGAGGCAGCUCAGUGGAUGCCAUGGGAUGAAUACACAAAGCAACCAUUCGUACAGAAUCAUGAGCUACUAAGAUAUAUGACAGCCAUCUGCUCUGCUAAAGCCAACGGAGACUACGAAGGCUUCACUCCUCUCCGUGUCUCUGCACCUGAUCAACAAGGCAACUUGUACUUCAACACCCGCGACCUCCAUUAACCUUCUUUCUGACAACAAGCAAAGCAAGUCUCUAUAGUUUUCAUCAAAGCUGGUUCCUUUGUAAGCAUAUUGACACUUGAAUCUUCUCAACUCUCUCACCCAAAAUACCAAACCAUCCCAAAUGAGAAUAUUUUCAUUCAAAUCCAAUAGUUUAAAUACAAGACUAAACGGAGCAGAUCCGUUAGCUAAUCAAUAAUCAUAUUGUUUCAAAUA